AUGGCGGGGCCCGGCCCGUCCCAUCCCAGGGAUUCGCCAGCCGCCCCUGACUCCCCCUUUCUCCCCGUUUCUCUCUCAGAGCUGAACGCGGCGCCGGGAGCCGCCCCGCGGCAGCGAGUCCGCUUCCUGCCGACCCCGGCCCCGGGCGGCGGCGGGGCCGUGGAGCUGGUGGCUGCCAGGGUGCCGGUGCUGGCCGACCACCCCCUCGUCCGAGGCCCGCGGUUCAGGAAGCUGAAGAUUGGAGCAGGUCACCGGCUGGAUGUGAAAGCCUCGGGAGUCUUCGUGCUUGGCAUUGGCCAUGGGAACAAGCUGCUCACUGACCUGUACAACUGCCACCUGACCAAGGUUUAUACUGUUGGUGGACUUUUUGGUAAAGCCACUGAUGACUUCUCAGACACAGGAAAUUUAAUAGAGAAGACAACAUUUGAUCAUAUCACAAGGGAGAAGCUGGAGCGGAUUCUUGCUGUCAUUCAAGGGACAAAUCAAAAGGCCCUGUUGAUGUAUUCUAAUAUUGAUAUGAAAACACAAGAGGCAUACGAGCUGGCUGUCAAAGGGUUGAUUCGCCCCAUGGGAAAAAGCCCCCCAAUAAUCACAGCAAUCCGAUGCCUCCAGUUUGCACUUCCAGAAUUCCAGCUGGAAAUCCAUUGCUUGCAUGAGACUCAGCAGUACCUCCGGAAGAUGGUUCACGAGAUUGGUCUGGAGCUGAAAUCAUCUGCUGUGUGCACACAAGUGCGGAGAAUUCGCGACGGGGUUUUCACCGUGGACGACGCUCUGCCGAGAACUCAGUGGAACCUGCAGAGCAUCCAGGAGGCAAUUCGGAACUGCCAGCUCAAAGUGGAAACGGAGCUGGAGAAAACCCUGGCACACGGGGAGGGACAAGAGUCCUCUUCAUCAGCUGGAUGGGGACAGCUGAGCAUGCUCUGCAGGAGUGUCCAUGAGCAAUCCCUGCAGCACAAUACAGCAGCGACGGGCCAGCAAUGUGAUGGACAGCAGAAGGAAAGAGGGCUUCUUCGCUGGCUCCAUUAAGCUGGAAGGACUUUGGAGAUGGGAUCUGUAGAACACAGAAGACACAUAGCAGGAACUCAGC